AUGCUAUUUAGGAGAAAUAUGGAAAAAAAAAUACAGAACUUUUCUUUAUACAUAAUAGGAACAACAGCUACUGGCAAAACUAAAUUAUCACUCAAUAUUGGGGAAAGAUUUAAAGGCUAAGUAGUAUCUGCAGACUCUAUGCAAAUGUAUAGACAUGCUGAUAUUCUAACUGCGAAGGCUACAAAAGAAGAACAAUCUAUUGUUAAGCACCAUAUGAUUGAUAUUUUUGAUCUAUAAGUAGUCAAUUUUAACAGAAACGACUACUAUUAUUUGGCUAAGUAGGCCUUUGAUAAGAUUCACUCAGAAAAUUCCUUCCCAAUAGUCAUUGGUGGAACAAAUUAUUAUAUCGAAACCCUUUUAUUUAAGCAAAAAAUAGCUGAAAAUAGAAUUAAUUUAGAAGAUCCAAAUGCUUUUAUCUUGGAAAUGUAAAAGAAAGCCCUCACAAAUUUUGGCAAUACAGACGAAAAUUAUCCGCUUUAAAAGUAUUAAAAAAAUGACAAUGAAAGCAACUAAUAAUUGAAAAGCAAAGAUAAUGAAUCCUAAGAAGAUGAAGAUGAAGAAUACGAAAAUAAUUUACCACCUUUAUAUGAAAAUGAUAACAUUUAGAAAUCAAAAGAAGUCCUUGAUAAAGAAUAGGAAGUUAGGAUAUAGCUUUAAUAAAUGUCCAAUGAAGAAAAAUACAAAUAAUUAAAGGAGCUGGAUCCUCUUAUUGCAAAUAAAUUACAUCCAAAUGAUGAAAGAAGAAUAUAAAGCUAUUUGAUGUAGGCUUUAGUCACAGGUAUACCUCCUAGUAAUUCAAUGGAAGAUCACGAAAAUGUUCCAUUGAGAGAUAAAAACUGUUUGAUCUUUUGGCCAAGAUGUAAGUCAAAGGAAAAGUUAGAUGCUUAAAUUAGAAAAAGAAUUUAUGAAAUGAUUUCUGAAAAUGGAAUUUACGAAGCCUUUUAUAUUUUCGAAACAAUAAUACCAUAAAAUGUAGAAUCAGAGGAAGAUCCAAUUUUCCUUAAAGGUGUGUUACAAUCUAUUGGAUAUAAAGAAUUCUUCCCUUUCUAUAGACUCUAUUUAUCUAGAAACUAUCCUCAUAAUUUAUCAAAAGAAGAAAAGACUGCAUAAAUUAAAUAAUUAAUGUAUGAAGACGAGGAAGGGAAAAAGGUUAUUACUUAAUGCAUAGAGAAAUUAGUUACACAUACCAUAUAGUAUACAAAGAGGUAACUAAAGUGGAUUAGACAUAGAAUUAUGAUGAAUUCAGAUAGCGAAGAAAUCAAAAACAGACUCUUUGUUUUUGAAUUUGAUGAAUUUACUUCUGAAAACUUUAAAGAAAAAGCAAUUAAUCCAGCAAAUGAAAUAAUUUCAAAAUACUUUGAGUUGGCAGAAAAAUAUAAUGAAUCAAAUGGAGAUUAGCAUCCAAUUGAAUAAUUAGCAAAUGAUGAAUUCUUAAAAUAGUAUCUUAUUAAAUUGGAUGAGCUCAUGGACGUAAGAAAAGCGCAUAUGAAGAAGGGACUGAAGGAUUGGAAAAACUAUUACUGUGAUAUAUGCAAAAAGGAAAUACAUGGAGAACUAAACUGGUCUAUUCACAACACAAGCAGAAAACAUAAAAAGGCUAUUAAACAUAUUGAAAAAUCUGCAAUAAGAGCAAAAUAUUAAGAAUUAAAAUCUAAAAAGGAAGAAUUAAAUGAAAAAGAUGGAAAAGAAGAUAAAUCCAAGUUAAGUAGUGAUGAAGACCUUAAUGAAAACAAUAAUUUAAAUGAUUAAACAUAAGAAAAUGAUAAAAUUUAAGCUGAAAAAGAUAAACACGAUUGA